GUGAGGCGGCGAGAGCGGGCGCGGGCGGCGGCGGCGGGCGGGGGGCUCGGUGCAGGGAACAGCCGCGGCCUCCUCGCCUCAGCCGCGGGGAGGAGGGACACCGAGAAGGGGGGAAGGCGGGGGGGUGAGGGAGGGGGGCGAGCGUCGCGUCGCGUCGCCCUCUUCCCUCUAGGACCGCGCCGCCGGCAGGGAGGAAGGGGCGCGUCUCCCCGGAGCCUUCUUCGCCCCGCGCCCUCUCUUCCCAGGCCCGGUGCCGGAGGGGGUGGGGGUGGGCGCCCCGCGGGUCCCCUCAGGCUCGGCGGUGCCCGGGGCGGGUGUUGGUGUCUUCCGAGUCAUUUAAGCGCUUAGUUCUGAGGAAGUAGAGACACAAGGAUUGAGUCUAUUUUACGUAGAAAGCUACAGCUCUUCACCAGUACUCUUUUUACUCCUUCCUAUCCCUCCUAUCCCAAACAAUUUGGGAAUUAUUUUAACAGUCAUUUACUCCCCUUUCCCCCCUCACAAUUCUACCCUGCUCCCUGAGGCAUCUGCUAGACAUUGCCUGUUAUAGAACCAGGAGAACGUUCUCAUCAUCAUCAUCCCUUUCUUGCUUUGAGAGCUUCAGUAGUACCCUUCCCUCCUUUGGAGUGUAGUGCAGAGAGGCAUCCAGAAGACUUCCUUGCCACCCUUUUUGGUUAGUAGAGGAUCCAGGAAAAGGGGUACCUAGCAAGACACGUGACCUCCUUAAGGGAGCCAGAACUGAAGCAGCACUUAGCACGCUGAAGGAAACACCCAUCUUUAGUGUCUUUUUCGUCUUCCACUCCUUCCUCACCAAAUUUCUGCAGUUCCAUUGAAAGGAAACCUUGAAGGUUGCAAGACAAGUCCAAGAUGUGCAGUUCAGUUGCUCCCAGGCUGUGGUUCUUAACAGACCGUCGCAUCAGAGAAGAUUACCCUCAGCAGGAGAUCCUGAGAGCACUGAAGGCCAAAUGCUGUGAGGAGGAGCUGGAUUUCCGGGCCUUGGUGAUGGAUGAAGUGGUGCUGACCAUUGAGGAUGGAAAUCUUGGUCUCCGGGUGAAAGGGGAACUCGUUACUUCUUACCCACAAGUGGUGGUUGUGCGUGUGCCAACACCUUGGGUCCAGAGUGACAGCGAUAUCACAGUCCUUCGCCACCUAGAGAAGAUGGGCUGUCGAUUGAUGAAUCGUCCCCAAGCCAUCCUCAACUGUGUCAACAAGUUCUGGACGUUUCAAGAACUUGCUGGUCAUGGUGUGCCUCUUCCAGACACUUUUUCAUAUGGUGGUCAUGAGAAUUUUUCCAAAAUGAUUGAUGAGGCGGAAGUGCUGGAGUUCCCUAUGGUGGUGAAGAACACGCGGGGUCAUCGAGGUAAAGCUGUGUUCCUGGCACGAGACAAGCACCAUUUGGCCGACCUAAGCCAUUUGAUUCGUCAUGAUGCCCCUUACUUAUUUCAAAAAUACGUUAAAGAGUCCCAUGGCAAGGAUGUACGUGUCAUCGUAGUAGGAGGUCGUGUGGUGGGCACCAUGCUCCGCUGCUCAACAGAUGGGAGGAUGCAGAGUAACUGCUCACUUGGUGGUGUAGGAAUGAUGUGCUCACUGAGUGAACAAGGCAAGCAGUUGGCAGUCCAAGUGUCAAACAUCCUGGGGAUGGAUGUGUGCGGCAUUGACCUGCUGAUGAAGGACGACGGUUCAUUCUACGUCUGCGAGGCCAAUGCAAAUGUAGGUUUCAUUGCCUUUGACAAGGCUUGUAAUUUAGAUGUAGCUGGUAUCAUAGCGGACUAUGCCGCUUCUCUGCUCACCCCCGGCCGCUUGACGCGGCGCAUGUCCUUGCUCUCUGUGGUGUCCACGGCAAGCGAGACUAGCGAGCCAGAGCUGGGCCCUCCAGCUAGUGCCGCUGUCGACAAUAUGAGUGCUAGCUCCAGCUCUGUCGACAGCGACCCUGAGACCACGGAGAGAGAGUUGCUCACCAAGCUCCCGGGGGCUCUAUUCAACAUGAACCAGCUAUUAGCCAAUGAGAUUAAACUCCUGGUGGAGUGAUGCCACGUGUAAAUAGAUGACCAACAGAACUCUCUCUUGUAAAUUUUUUUUUUAAGCCAACUUGCAAUGCUGUUUAUCAGAGACGCUCAGAGGAAAUGAGGAAAGGGGGUGGGUGUGUCAGUCAAGAGAGCAAGAGUAAAAGGCACACGUGCUGUGAUUGCUGUCCCUACCUUUUUGCAGAACAUUAAAUUGUCUUCAUUCUUCAGCAUCAGCUUUACAAUAAAGAUGUUCAGUUCAUGACCAGGCAGCAGAUUUAUUUGAAUGCUGCUUUGGUCCCCAGAUAUAUUGCAGUUCAUGUGUCUUCACAGGCAAGCAUUGAAGCAUGAUUCACACUUGAAGAUUUUCAGAAAGUUGUCUGGCAGCUCUCUAGAAACUUCUGUGAAUUACUGCACCAAUAAAGUCUCUUCUACCUCUGUAAGGCUUGAUCCUGUAAAUUGCUGAGUGCCUCAAAUUCUUUAUGUGAGUUGAAGGUGUUAGAUACCAAGUAUUUCAAAAUUUCUGGACAGCCUACUGUUCCUACUCUUGUAGGUGGGAGCUGUAAGUUCAGGAUCCUUUUAAAGUCAUCACUUUCUGACCUUGCAGGACAUGGCCUUUCAAAUGAUGAGGCUGAGAGAAGCGUCAGUUGACUUAACAAGAACUUUCUGUAAAAGUCUGUAAAUUGUACCAUCUUGGUAUUAAGUGGCAGCUUUGUGUCUAAAUUUCUUUAUAAAGCUUUUGAAGGAGGCUAUUAGUACUUGUGUUUUUCUCAUUUCAAAUCCUGAUUUUUGAAGGUAUCUAGGAGAAUUAGUCAUGUUCUAUUUGUGGGCAGAAAUGGCACGUUUUAACUAUUUUUUGCAUGGUUGGAGGAGAUAAACAGCACUGUAAUGUUUGGUAUACAAAAUGAUGUUUAAUCCAAUGUGAAAAUGAAUUACACUAGUUUAAAGCAAACGUGCAUCGACUUGUGUUUGUUAGUGUUUUAGUCUUUCUGAGAGAGAUCUGCAAUGUUAAUGUUCCUUUUUCUUUAAUACAUGCUAGUCCAACACUUCCUUCUCUAUGCCUGCAUCUUUAACAGUGGCCAAAGUGAAAACACUGCAGAUUGUUUGUUAAGAAAACACUGAGAUAUAGCCUGUACAUUGUUGGGGUUUUGUUUGUUUGUUUUUAUUUUUCGCUUUUUUUCGGAGGGAGGAAUGUGGUAAGGCGUGGAGGAGGGAAGAGCUGGUUAAAAGUGAUUAGUCGUUCAGAGGAACUUUAGAAUAAAGCAGUUCACACAAUAUGUACCAGGCUUACUUUUUCCCCACUGAACAUAAAAGCUGAUGUUGGCAGAAAUCCAAAGAGUUUAACUGGGGAGAAAUACUCAGUUUGUAGCUUUGGGAAAAAAACGCGUUAGAUUUAAAAAAAAAAAGAAAAAGAAGA